AUGGGGUGCAAAACUCUGUACUUUGGACUCAUAUGUAUUCUCUUUGUUUACUUUAUUUAUACACCGAUGCCAGAAAACUUUGAGUAACCCUGGAAAGUAAGGGUCAUGGAUUCUUCGAUAAAACCUGCUUCACUUAUGGCUGCAUUACUGGAAAAUAUGGGUCUUAUGAGCUAUGACAAGGUGCUUCCCACAAUAGUAAAACUGGACUAUGUACAACCAUUUUCAGAUGAAAACAUUACUGUGAUGCAUACAACCUUUAGUGACAUUCCAGUAUGUUUAUAUUUGCCAAAGAGGAAGUCAGAAAGCCAGAGACGAGCUAUAAUUUUUAUUCAUGGUGCCUUCGUUUUUGGAAGUUGUAAGCAGAGGGCUUUUGAUUUCCUGAAUAGAUGGAUGGCAAAUAAACUCGAUGCUGUUGUUGUGGGAGUGGAGUAA